CUCGUCCGCCGCAGUCUUUCUCCAUCCAGAUCUCUCAUCUGCACCCAUCUAUACGAGUUGCUUCACUGCAGCGGCUUUUCCUUCUGUCUGUCCUCGUUCUCGGUGUUCAGAGUGUGCCCAGCCGCCAGACCCACAGAUCUCCGCAUCGGCAUGAACCGCUGAGCCGUCGGGUAGACAGCCCUUCAUCAUCAGCCGCCCCGCUAUCUCGUGCUUCUGUUGCAUGGAUGCGUCCAUCCAUCCGCCGCUCUCUUCUGAGGUCUAUUAGUACUGCUCCGUCUGAUCAGAGGCUCAUCAUCAACAGAAGGCCGGCGGGGACAACGCGGGGAUUUUCCUCAUUCGUCGCUAUGAGUGCAGCGGCUGCCACCGCGGCUGCCGAGCUUCCCUCGGCCAAUGUGUUGUCGUCCGAGAAGAGUCCCUAUCUGCUGCAGCACGCCCACAACCCCAUCCACUGGUACCCCUGGGGCAGUGAGGCCUUCGCAAGGGCGCAGCGGGAGGACAAGCCGGUGUUCCUGAGUGUGGGGUACAGCACCUGCCACUGGUGCCACGUCAUGGCGGAGGAGUCAUUCGAGGAUGCUGAAAUCGCAAAGUUCCUCAAUGAGAACUUCAUCUCUAUCAAGGUCAGGAACAGGCAGCUCUAUCAGCUCGUGGGAGCGUCAACACCUAGUGCGAUGUGUUUGGCUGGCAGGUUGAUCGCGAGGAGCGUCCUGACGUCGACAACACGUACAUGCAGUACAUCAUGGGCUUCACAGGGAGGGGAGGCUGGCCCAUGAACGUCUUCUGCACACCACACGGUAGGUACAAACACUGGUAGAUCGAUCAGAUAGAUCAGCCGACCACUUGAGAUGCAUGGGAUGGCCAUCGUCUGUCUAGUCAUAUCCGAUGGAUGCGAUGCGAUGCAUGCUGCGAUGCGCUAAUGUAAUCCAGGCAAGCCGUUCUUCGGCGGUUUGUAUUGGCCUCCCGCGGACAAGACGGUGGAGUCGACAGGCCCCGACGGCGAGCUGCGCAGCACCGUCCGGAUGGGUUUCCUGACCAUACUCACCAAGAUACUCGACGUGUGGAACAACAACAGGGACAAGAUUGAGGAUGACUCCACCGCCAUUGUGGAUGCUCUACAGCAGGUGAGGUGCCUACACUAACUACAUGAAAUGCAUUGACGAGCGGAGAAUGGAUGAAUGAGCUAUGGAUCUGAUCGUCUGAGUGAGUGAGUGCUAUGUCAUUCAUGUCUGUGCUGUGUGUGUCAUGUACGUCAGGCUGAGAUGCGGGGCAACUCGAAGACAGCCUUCGCGGAGACCCUGGAAGACAUCGUCAAGUGAGUGCAUUGAUGGCCAGCCAUCACACACCACACAUCCGUGCCAUCUCACUCAUGUUGUCCCUUGUCUGUCUGCCGUGUGUGUGUGGCCUUGCCUUGCAGCAUGUACAAGAUCCACGUCUUGUCAUCCGAGAUAGAGGAGGCGUUCGACACCCAAUGGGGGGGAUUCGGCCCAGCGCCCAAAUUCCCCAGACCAGUGCUGCUGCAGUACCUGUUGCGUGUGUACUUCCGGCUUUCGUCCACCCCAGCAAUGAGGGAAGACCCCGCCACUGCCGAGAAGGCGGCCAAGAUGCUGCACAUGGUGACCCACACGCUCACCAAGAUGGCGCAGGGCGGCAUGUACGAUCACCUGGGUGGCGGCUUCCACCGCUACUCGGUCGACCAGAUCUGGCACGUCCCCCACUUCGAGAAGAUGCAGUACGACCAGAGCCAGCUCGUCGCCAUCUACACCGACGCCUACAAGAUCCUCAACAAGGAGGGGGCGAGCAGGAGCACCGAGGCAAAGCUGUACAAGGGCAUUGUGCAGGAGACCAUCGCCUAUGUGCUGCGGGAGCUGCGGGACACCAAGGGUGGCUUCUACUGCGCACAGGACGCCGACAGUGUGGCGGCCAGCGGCGAGCACAAGGGAGAGAAGAAGGAGGGCGCCUUCUACGUGUGGACCAGACCACAGGUCGGGGGGAACGACCAACGGCGGGCGCUGCGGUCGGUCAGGACCUGACUGACGUGCGUGUUGGUCGACUGGGUGGAAUGCAGGUUGUGGAGGUGCUUGAGGGUGCGUCUGUGGACGGCCUGAGUGCUGACGAUCGCCGGGAGAUGAUCGACCUCUUCUGCCACGUCUUCGGCAUCACCGACGAGGGCAACGUUAAGCCAUUCAGCCAGGUGGGCAAGGCACUCACGAGAGAGCGACAUGGAUGGCACCACAUCAUUUCCCUCCCUGACGUGACGUCCGUUGUGUUUAACAGAGCGACCCCAUUGGCGAGUUCAAGGGGCAGAACGUGCUCUUCCAGAACGGCUCCUUCCCGUCCCUGGUGGAGAGCUUCUACGAGCAGCGGGAGAGGGAGGCCGACAUGGACCGUGCCAAGUCGCUCAUCUCGACGGCUAAGUCGCUUCUCUUUGCGCACCGCAGGGGCCGCCCCGCCCCUGGAUGUGACGACAAAGUGCUGACCGGAUGGAACGGCCUCAUGAUAUCGGCACUGGGUAUUCCAGGAAACACCACACCGGCCGCGAGAACGAACGAUGGAAUCAAAAGCGCACCUGUGUUGUGUGAUGUGGUGUGUGUAGCUGGUGCGCAUGGCGUGGUCGAGCCCCCUUCUGGCCAGCCGGCCGAUCUCUAUCUCACGCGAGCCAUAGAGGCGGCCGACUUCAUCCGCACACACAUGAUGGAGAGGACCACAGUGAUGACGACAGUGGGGGGCAAGGAGAGGCCAGCCGAGGUGCUGCUGCUCUACCGAGCCUACCGGGAGGGCCGUGGUCGUGUGUUGGGUUUCUGCGACGACUAUGCAUUCUACGUCCAGGCCCUGCUGGACCUUUAUGAGGCCUCAGGCGGCGACCUGCAGUGGCUCAGGCUCGCCAAAGAAGUCCUCGAGUCACAGGUGCGAAUGGAUGGAUGGACACAGGACAGGGGACGGGUGAAGGGGGCGGAACAGACCAGUGAGUGCAGUGCGGGAUAUGUGUGUGUGUGUGUGUGUGUGUGUGUUGAGGCAGGUUCUCCUGUUUUGGGAUGAGGAGGGAGGUUUCUGGAGCGAGCCGCAGAUGGCAUCGUCCUCCCACGCCCCCACGACCACCACCCUCACCAACAUCACCGACCCCUCCAGCCCCCUGGGCGUCUUCCUCAGGACCAAAUACGUCUACGACGGCGCGGAGCCGUCGCCCAACGGCGUGAGUGCAAUGAAUUUGCUGAGGAUGGAUGCACUGCUGCAGCGUCAGGACAAGCAGGGGGUGGAGCACGACAGCCCAUACCUGAGGAAGGCCAGGCUGCUGCUGGGCACCCUGUUCGAGAAGAUGCCUGGGGAGGGCAUGCCGCAGAUGUACGUGGCCGCCGACUGGCUCACAUGGAGAGAUGAACUCGCCAUCAAACAGGUCGGUCGCUGCAGCCAGCCAUGCAUCCAUCCAUCCAUCUGAUCUGCCCUGGGCAAGGCCAGCACAUCCCUCACCUCCACGUGUGUGUCUCGCCUCGCCCGCCUCAGAUAUUGUUCUUGGGUGACCAGUCGUCUGUUGAGGCGCUCCAUCGGGCGUUCAAGUCGCGGUUUCUGCCCACGAGUGUGGUGCACUUCAUGACGUCGGGCGAGCAGAGGGAGUUUUUUCGCGACGCGACGCCGCACCUGACAGAUGAGGAGGGUGGUGGGGAUGUGAAGCCCCAGAUGGUCGUGUGUGAGGGCCGGACGUGCCAGCGGCCAUGCAUGACUGUCGACGAUGUACAUGCGCUGCUUGACAGAUAGAUAGGGAUGGCUGGCUAAGGAGGGA